ACAUGGAGGAAGUCUGGUCUGGAUUGCCGAAUGUCUUUCUCUUUGGCGAAUGGGGUGAUAAAAGAGAAGAUACGUCUCGCCAAGCACGGCCAUUGGCUCCGAGAGAAACAUCACAAACUGGGCCAAUGGUAAGCACGAUGCGACCUAGGCCUAUGCUAAAGAGGAGUGCCCCGACUGUAGCCGUUCAGACUCGGGUGCGGCGACGAAACGAACAGCUUCAAAAGGAGAAAGAGUCUGAAAAGGCAUUGGAAGAAGAGUCUAUUUCCAUUACUGAGAAUGAAGAGGACAAUGAGGACGAGAAGUUGCGGGUCGAAGAGGAAGAACGGGCUCGUCGUCGUGCACUGGAAAGGGAGUCGGAGAAAGGGAAGGCCGAAGUAAGCGAGGAGGAGCCACGAAAGAAGAAGAAUAUUUAUUUGAUCCCCGUGGAGCAGGGGGGCGAUAUCGAGCAACUUGUUAAUAAGAUUCUGGAAAGUCAGCGCGACUUGGUCACGCUGAAGGAAAUUUUGGAGGUAUCGCCGAAAAUUCGAGAAGAGCUUAAACAGCGGAUGACUCGUAAGAGAGUCAUGACUGUUAAGCUCGGCGAAGUCAUUCCGUCGGAGGCUAACUGGUCCCCGCCUGGGACAAAGAUGGAUUGGCGAAGUGUGUCGACCGACCAUAUGAAGGUCCAGAUUGGACGGCAUGAGUACUUGGCACUUGUGGAUGAUGGAGCCGAGAUGAACAUCAUUCGUGAGCGUCAUGCCAUCGAAGCUGGGUUGAAGAUCAACCGAGAUGACUAUGGGUUUUUUGUGGGAGCUAGCAGAUCAACUCCAUUCUGCGGAACAGCCAGUGGCGUUCUCGUAGUGGUCGAAAAAGUUAAGGUCCGUUCUUACUUCUAUGUGUUACCUAAAGUGGAACACGAGGUGCUGCUCGGAAGGGCAUUCUUAUGUCGGUCGGAAAGCAUCAUCGUUAACAAGCAUGAUGGAACCAUGUUUGUAAUUCUUUGCGAUCCUAUCUGCGAUUAUUACGAAGUGGUCAAGUGUGCGAAUACUGGACCCUAUUGCUCGCGGAACCGGCUGAACCCGGAAUCCUAUAGCUUUCCAGAGUCAGAAAAGUUGAGAGGGGAGAAGGAAUCGCUAGGGGAGGAGUCGAAUCCUCGUGAGUUCUCGCUGACCCUGUAUGAUAUUGGGCAGGCAAUCGAUUUCGUAUCGACACAUGUGGCGAUCGAUCCGAAUGUGGUGCAAGCCUUGACGGAGAUCAUCACGGACACCGGAAGCACAGGGACUAUGCGCCUUGUUUACUCCCCGUCGGAAGGGAAUAAGGGAGAAAGUCAGGAAUUGCCCUCCACUCGACAGGGUCCUUUUUUAGAGGACGCAGGCUUGACACCGACACCAAACAUUGAGCGGAUUUCGGGGAGUCAAAAUCGUGCUGAUGGGCUGAGUCGGGUCGAAUGGGACCCAGAGUCGGAUCAGGCGGAAGAAUCAGUUCCGGUCGAUGCCUUUCUGAAGGAAGAGGAGUCGUGGUUGAGUAUUAACUCCCUUACCUACCUGACUGAUGCGGCUACUCGACGUGGGAGAUCAAUAUGAAAUGCUCCCACCUGUCACGAGGAAGGUUCGAAAGAAUCAAAAGGCUUGAAAGUA